GAUGUCGUCUCGUCGGCGCAGUUCCCUCCAUUAAUCUGGUUUGCGAGUCCGGAGUUGGGUACCGAUUGGGGCUUGCUAUAUGUAGAAUCUCCAUUUUACACCGCGACCAGUGUCCGAGGUUGGGCCGCCGUCAUGGCAGACCACAGUGAUGUCAGUCUACCACCGGAGGAGCGCGUCCGCAUUCUUACCAAGAAGGGGAGCUGGGUGGACAUCAACGACGACAUGCCCCUGCGCCGCUACUUCCGCUCGGGCAUGGAGAUGAUCCGCAUGGCCAACAUCUAUGCCGAGGAAGGCAACAUCGAACGCGCUUUCAUCCUCUACAAUAAGUACAUCACGCUCUUUGUCGAAAAGCUUCCCAAGCACCUGGAUUAUAAAACGGCAAAUAUUCCAGAGAAAAAGGACACGCAAAAGAAAUUGAAGGAUGUGGCGUUUCCUCAAGCCGAGAUCUUGAAAAAAGCACUUCUCAAGAGAUUUGAGCUAGACUACGAGCAGUACUGUGUCAAGAAGAAAGCCGAGGAGGAGGCUCUGGCUCUGCAGCAGUCCCGCCAGCGGGCGCUGGACGCCGAACGGGAACGCGUGGCCGUAAUGCAGCGGCGGCAGCAAGAGCAGGAGCAGUUCAGCGCCUUUGAGGAGAUGAUUCGGCGCCAGGAUCUGGAGCGAGAGCGCCAACGCGUUCUGCUGGAGUUGGGCCAGCCCUCGGCACCUCCCCCGGACGCACCGCUCAUCCCGGGCAUCCGAGGCCCGCCACUCAUCUCGCCCACCCCGCCGCACAGCCCCAGGGACCCAUCUGCCAACUGCCCUCCCUCAUCCGUAGCCACGCCCAGCUUCGAUCGUGCCCUCAAGCCCGGCGCGCUGGCCAGCCCUGGGAACAAUGCUGAGCUGAUGGCGGACGCCCUCCGCCAGCUCCUCGUGCCGUCGGAAGUGUGUCGAAGUUUCCUGCGGCUGGCCGAGGCCAACACCAGCCGGGCCGUGGAAACCUGCGGCAUCCUCUGCGGGAAACUGACCAGAAACACAUUCACCGUGACGCACGUCAUCGUUCCCAAGCAGUGCGGCGGCCCAGACUAUUGCGACACGGAAAACGAAGAGGAGCUCUUCCUCAUACAGGACCAGUAUGAUCUUAUCACCCUGGGCUGGAUUCACACUCACCCAACCCAGACGGCGUUCUUGUCCAGCGUGGACCUGCACACGCACUGCUCGUAUCAGAUGAUGCUACCUGAGUCCAUCGCCAUCGUCUGCUCGCCCAAGUUCAACGAGGUGGGCUACUUCAGACUGACGGAUCGGGGAACCAAUGAGAUCUCCUCAUGUAAGCAAAAGGGAUUUCACCCUCACAGUAAAGACCCGCCGCUAUUUACACAUGCUGGCCACGUCACGAUCUCCAACGACGCCGUCUCCGUGAUGGAUUUGCGGUGAUUCGCGUUUCCCCCGCCCCCCCCCCCCCCCCCCUUUGGCCCCUCUCCUUUUCCUUCGACGAUGACACUCAAAGACUGUUUUAUCGCACCAGAGAGUUUUUAUUUGUUUCCAGGACGUGUGUCCGCAUCGUCCUGCAAACCAGAAGUGUUCUCUGAAGGAACAACAAAAACGAACAACUUUGUCAUUAUCUUUGGCGUCUGCUGUUGAAUGCAUUUGUGUUCUUCUACAAGCUUUCGCCUGACUGAUAUGGGCGCCAAGGGCGGGGAUGUGGGUAACAAUGGAUGUUCAGACUUUGUUAAAGGCGGUUGGAACUCAGGUGCAAACUCAUCAAACAUCUUUUUUAAAUUUUUUUUGAAAGGGCAUCGGUCGAAGCUUGUGUUCCUCGCGUGUCUUUGCUUCUAAAAGCGUGAAUGUACAACUCCACUAACCCCCCCACCUCGCGCGCUGUUCUCACCUCAAGUUUUGGUUUGUGACCCUCUUUGUGAAGAAUUACACCACCCCCAAUGUACAUAUGCAAAUAUCUUCCGUUAUAAAAUGCCAAGAAGAAAUAAACUAACUGUACUUGUUUUGGCA